CCCCAGCUAGCUCAGCGGCUAACACAACAUCGACUGGCAUCAAAACUUCAGCGGCUGUUGGAUUAACGGGAGAAUAACGUGAAUAAUCCGCCCGGUGAUGGCCAGCCUGGGGUUUUUCCGCUCCGUGUAGCGACCGGCUAUGGACCUACGAGGCGGGAAGCCGGCGCGCGCGCUUAGGAGUGAGAUAAAUCCGUGUGUGAGUGUGUGGAACAUUAGUUAGCUUUGGCGGCUAGCAGUUUUUUUUUUUUUUUUUUGGCGCUCGGGCUGAGUUUGAGCUGUGCCGUGAUUGAGCGUUAGCUUAGCUACCAGGCUAACGGCUAAGCUGCCUGUGGAGGAGUCUCUCGGGCUCCGUGCGUUAGCUUAGCCUGCUAGCUUCAACUCCACAGCGCGGAGUUAUUUACUUUUACUGACUUAAAUCACUUUUAUUAAAGGAAGGGGAAAAAACACACACAUUGGAUUGAAGGCAGCAAAUCUGUUCACUCAUUAUCAUCAUCCUCCUCACUGAUGAAGAAUGAAUGUGUGUGUGGUGCUGGGGACUGAAUCAGGAACCCUGAUGGCUGGAUCUGGGUAUCAAAUGGUUGUGUGAAGAACCAUGGGAAGCUGCUGGAGCUGUCCAGAUAAAGAAUCCAUACCUGACAAUCACCAGAGCAAGUUCAAGGUGGUGAACGUUGACGAUGACGGUAACGAGCUCGGGGCUGGGAUCAUGGAGCUGACCGAGGACGAACUCGUUCUCCGCACACACAAGUGUGACGCAGUCAGAUGGCCUUACCUGUGCCUCCGUCGCUAUGGUUACGACUCCAAUCUCUUCUCCUUCGAGAGCGGGCGCCGCUGUCAGACCGGGCAAGGAAUCUUUGCGUUUAAGUGUGCUCGAGCGGAGGAGAUUUUUAACAUGCUGCAGGACAUCAUGCACAACAACAGCAUCAGCGUGGUGGAGGAGCCCGUGUUCGAACCUGCGCUCACGCACACGCAGGUCGAGCCAGAUGUUCCGCAAACACCUCGUACUCCCACAGGUGGCGCUCUUCCUGUGUUACCCAAUGGGAGCCUACGGUACCCAUCACUAGGUGACGCCUCCUCCCACCCCUCCAGUAGACACCCCUCGGUGGGCAGUGCCCGCCUGCCGUCUGUGGGAGAAGAGUCCACUCACCCGCUGCUGAUGCCCGACGACAGCAUACGGGGGCACACGUAUGUAAACACUACAGGCCUCCUUGAGGAUCAGCAUUCAGGGGCAGGUCACGGAGAAACACCUGCCCCCCACAGCCCCGCCCCUGAAGGGGAGGAGCCGGUGCAGGCCCCAGACCCUGGUCCUCGUGUACAGCUGGAGCGUGAGGGCGUGAGGUUUGUGCUCGGGCCGACGCCCGUGCAGAGGCAGCUCAUGGCAAGGGAGAGGCAGCAAGACGGGGGUGUGACAUCUGGCUCCGCCCUCAACUCGUCUAACGGCGUCGUGGCUGUCACAGAGGUAGUUCCAGAGCACUCGAACGGUCCUGUAUUCGGCCCCUCGCGGCGCAGGCCCCGCCCCCCACCUCUCAGCCCCGAUGCUAACGUGAACAACUCGGCUCAGCGCAGGACGGCGCUGCUGGACUAUGAGAACCUCCCCUCGCUCCCGCCACUGAGGGAGGACCCCAAGGCAGGUGACGAGGACGAGGAUCAGGACGAGGCCGCCAGGACCAAGACGCAGCCUCCCAACGGUUACCACAGCGCCGACUCCACCCACCUCUACAUCAACACAGAGAAUGUCGCAGCGGCCAUGUGGCCGGAUUCGGCGCCUCUGAGUGCGGGAUGGGCGGAGGCUGUGCCACUCAGCGCCGGGAGGGUGGAAUCAGGGCGUUUCAGCGUGUUUAACUUUGACCUGCGGCGGCCGUGUGAGCCGCACACGCUCAACUACAUAGAGGUGGAAAUGGACCCGGGCUCGGACUGCAGUACGCCCAGGACGCCCCACACGCCCGCCUCACCGCGCCCUCCUACACCCACCACUGCCCCGGCCACAGCCACACCCACACGCAGGACCGAACUGUAUGCAGUGAUCGACGUGGAGCGCACGGCAGCCAUGUCGAACCUGCAGAGAGCACAGCCUCGUUACGACGGUACGUCCAGGAAAACCAGGCACAAUAGUGUCGACCUGCCCAUGUAACCCCACCCAUUCCACCUGACUUGCCCCGCCCAACACUCCCCCCCCUCCCUCUAAGACUUUUUAAGAAUCUUCUAAAAGGCACUCGGCAGAUUUGGAACGCUGUGGUUUUAUUAUUGAUGUUGCUCGGCCAUGCGCCUGACCUUUCUGACCUUCAGCACACGGCUGGACUGCGGUCUGUGCCCAUUCCAUACAGAUCAGUAUUACUGAUGGAGCAUUCCUCUUUCUGUUUGUGUUCUUUUUUUUUGUGUAACUUUUGUAUUGAAAUGACACUACAGGUUGUUUAUAAUUUCAGUAUCCAGGGACUUUUACGGUACACGACAGCUGCCCUCUUGCUGACUACAUUUAGAUUUCACUACAGCACAAUAAAAGACUUUAUUUUGUUCGAUUUCUA